GAUAUAUCGUUUGACCGUUUUUUUCUUUUGUCGAAGCAUGUGUAGAAAUUUAAGUCUUUUAUUUAGACGUCAUGGAACCAACCAUUAAAGGAACGUUUCAUUCCUGCUGAUAAAUUAUCAAGUAGAGUAUUUUCAAAUUAUUUACCAAUUAUACAAGAUGCAGAAUACCGAACGUGCAGUUCUUUAGCAAUCUCGAAUAAACCUUCAAACGGAAUAACCAAAGUUUGCGCGUGAACGUAUAAACCAUGGCCGCAAACGAUAACGAGACUGCAGCUAUCGUAAAAACGAAAAUCAUCAAGAGCGAACAGGACGAGGAAUUCGAAGAGUAUCCGUGUUCAAAAAAGAAGUCACGCUCGAAGAUGUUAACUACGAAACGUGAUAAACCGCAAAUUUUUGUGGAAACCGCAUCGCCCCGGAUCGCGGAGUUAGCACGGCCAACGAAACAGCAUGUCCUGAACACACUGUACGAAAAGGCAACGGCGUUGCCGCCGGCGUUCGUGGAUAAUCUCGUCAAAAUCAUCGAAGCCGAGUCCUGCUUAACUCCGGAGAAAGCCACGUGGAUUCGUCGUCAAAGGGAACGUAGAAUAAAGAAGGCGGCACGACUUCCGCUCGUGGAAAAGCGGACUGCUGCAGAAAAGAUCACGGACGAUGUCGCGCGCGCAACGACGCUGGAUCGCGACGCGACGAUGUACCAGUAUCUGUUGGCGGAACGUUUCGUCAAGAGUAUUUUGGAAUAUCGGCGCGAGAUGCGGGAGAACAUCCGUACUGAUAUCGCGGACGUGAUAAUGAAGCGUUUAAUGUCCCUCAACGGAUACGCAAACGUCAAAAACGGCGACCGUGCGACGCAACAAUUGCGACUUUUAGCGGACGUGAUAACGUGUUGGUUCGUUGAUAUAAGUGACGAAGUCGAGAAGACCAAAACAAAAAUUUUUAAGAAGCAUGAUGAGAAAAGAUUGAUGAGAACGUUGGAGGUGAACAAGGUUACCGAAGAAGUAACGUUGGAGGUGAACAAGGUUACUGAAGAAGUAGCAAAAAGUUCGGAAGAAAAUAGAAUAGAAGAACCGCCUACAUGACACGUCGGUAAUUAACGCGAUAAUUAAGUCAAUUUAGAGAAAGAAAAUAAACAGGAGAGGAAAACUAAGGCAAUCAAAUAAAGAAAGAGAAAAAUAAUCCGAAAAAGAAAAAAAAGAGCAAAAGAGAGAAUAAAGUAGACGAAGCGAAAAAGCUACGAGAAAAGAGAGAAUUUAGAUGACGAAAAAACGAAAAGUGAGAAAUAAAAUGGUCGAAAAAAAGAAAAAGAAGAACGAGAACUUAAUUCUCGGAAUUUCAGCUCAAUUAAUUUUUUUUACGGAUUUCUCUUGAUAAUAAACUUCAAUGACCCAACGGAAACAAAUUUCGAAAAAUUCAUAUUCCAAUUCUCGUCUAUUCGGAUAUAUUUCGAUAACUUCAACUUCCAGCUCUAGAUAAUUUUCGUUAAUUUUCGUGCAUUCGAUACAAAAGUAAAAUUAUCUUAAAGAGUAGAAUUAAUUAAGCAUCUCAUCCAGUUACAAUAGAUGAAAUCUCCGUCUGUAAUCUCGAUAAGAAAUAAAUUGUAUGCGAAAAUUGUAUUACGACGAAGUCAUCGUGACAUGAUCAAUUCGUCUGGGAUAGAUAAAUUAAUCCGUUAUCUGAUACUCGAGCCAUUAAUUGUCACGCUGCAAAUUAAAUGAUAUUAUUCAAUUCAACGUAAAAUCAUCUUCGAUCGAACGUUUGCAAUCGUUGCAAUGACGUCAGUGUUUAAAUUUAUUUGCGGAAUUUCCAGAUACGCGGCAGCUUGCUGUAAAAUUGAUAACGAUUCAGACAGACUCGAUUGUGCCAAUACAUAUAUAUUACAUUUAUACGUGUAAUUUUAUAUAAUUAUUUAUAAAUAUAUGAAAACAAUAAUAAUA